AUGACGAGGGUCGAGAUCAUUUCUAGAGAGAACAUAAAACCAUCUUCCCCAACACCACUACACCUGAAAUCAUACAAUCUUUCUAUCUUAGAUCAGCUCAUUCCUGCUCCUUUUGCACCCAUCAUACUAUACUAUCCAAAUCAAGAUCAAGCAAGUGAUCUUGAAGUCCAAGAACGAUUGAAAUCUUUAAAGAUUUCAUUAUCCAAAACAUUAACACGCUUCUACCCUUUAGCCGGGACUAUAAAGGACGACCUUUGUAUUGAUUGUACAGACGUUGGUGCUUACUUUGCAGUGGCUCAUGUCGAUGCUUAUCUUGAUGAGUUCCUGAAUCAUCCAGAUUUUGAUCUGGUCAACCGGUUUCUUCCAUGUGAACCUAGUUUCAAUGGGAGUAAGGAAGGAAGUCAUGUGAGUAACAUUCAAGUUAACAUUUUUGAAUGUAAUGGGAUCGCUAUUAGUUUGUGUAUUUCACACAAGAUUCUUGAUGGUGCUGCGUUGAGUAUUUUCCUAAGAGGGUGGGCUGGGAGUUGUUGUGGGUCGAAAGAAGUUGUGUACCCGAACAUGAACACAAGCUCUUUGUUUCCCGCAAAAGAUUUAUGGCUCAAAGAUUCAUCAAUGGUGAUGUGGGGUUCGUUGUUCAAGAUGGGUAAAUGUAGCACAAAAAGAUUCGUUUUCAGUUCUUCAAAACUCGAUGCUCUCAAGGCGAAGGCAGUGGGAAACAGGGUGAAACAUGCUUCACGUGUUGAGGUGGUGUCGGCUUUGCUAUGGAAGUGUAUGAUGGCUGCAUCGGAAGAAAAGGCUGGCUUUUGGAAGCCAUCUUUGUUAAGCCAUGUUGUGAACCUUCGCAAAAGGAUAUUAUCAUCAUUUUCAUUAGAAAAUUCCAUCGGGAACUUGAUUUGGAUAGCGGAUGCUGAAUGUAAAACCGAGUCUGAAAUCGGAUUAGGAAAUCUGGUUGGAAAAGUACGUGAUGGGGUGUCGAGAAUUGAUGGUGAGUUUGUGAAGAACAUGCAAGGUGACAAAGGGAUAGAAGUGAUGGAAGAUUCAUUGAAAAGGUUGAAAGAUUGUGGGGAUUAUGUUGGGUUUACGAGUUGGUGUAAGAUGGGGUUUUAUGAAGUGGAUUUUGGUUGGGGAAAGCCGAUGUGGGUGUGUGGGAGUGUUUGUGAUGGUAGUCCAGUUUUUAUGAACUUUAUUGUUUUGAUGGACACGAGAUGUGGUGAGGGGAUAGAAGCUUGGGUGUCUAUGGAUGAACACGAAAUGCAUAUUUUAAAACACAACUCCGAGCUCUUGGAGUUUGCAUCACUUGAUCCGAGUCCUCUAGACAUGAACAAGUGA